AUGGAAGGGGGAGACGGAGCUAACUGCGUGGUAGCGUCACUUUGCUUUUUCCUUUAAGUUUUCACUACUUUCUUGCCCACCGGUUGUUUCCAAAAUGUCAGCAACUCCUGUCCAGAGAGUGGCUUUUGGCAGCUGUCAGGAGAGGAGAGUCUUUCCCCUCCAUUAUGCUCCAGACCGGCUGGGAAACCAAAUGGCACGACCGGAAGCGUCACACGUCGGUCCUGGCUGCUAUGACAACCAUGAGUUUGGCACCCUACUCUAUGACUUACAGAGGACACCGGGGAGUAAGAAAGGAUAUAGUCUCUCUGCAAGGACUGCAGCACGCUUUCCGCCCUGUAGCAAGCAGAAAGCGACCCCAUCCCCACAGCAGUACCAGCAUGAUCAAAGCCGGUCCAGAGUCCCCCCUCCGGGCAAAACACCUUUCGACUCAACCACACAGAGGUUCAAAAGCGUGUCAUGUACAACUCAGGACAGCCCAGGGCCUGGGACCUACGAUCAUAAUGAAGUGACAAACAGGAAAGUGAGCUGGCCGAAGUGCUUCGGGAGCCCAGACUGGUCCAGAAUGCCUCAGAUCGAGAAGAAGUCACUCCGGGUGAAGAUGAGCAGUGAAAAGGAGUUCCUGAAGCACAGGAGCAGAGUAGCCUACCUGAGUUUAUACUAUUAAUUCUAAAGCUGAUGGAUGUAAACCCAUUGUGGCACUGAUGUAAGAUGGUGCAUUUGCCACAUUAUUUACCUGAACUUUUACUGUCAAUUUACUGGAAUGAAACUGUUGCCAAGAUAGUUGGAGAUCUCAAGAGUUAUAAAAAAAAAGAAAAUUGUUUUUUUUAUUCACAAAA